AUCUUUUUUUUUUUUUAAUUUUCAAUGCUGUAUAGCUUAGAGCAAUCAAGGUCUACUCAUCAUUGCACAGACAUGCUAUAACUAUGGCAAUUUUUAAACCUUUCUUAAAAGAAUGGCCAUAUGUGGCUUUGUGUUUACAGGCAUACCUUGUUUUAUGGCACUUUGCUUUAUUGCUCUUUGCAGAUAUUACAUUUUUUACAAGACUUUCCACCAGGAAAAAGAUUAUGACUAGCUGAAGACUCAGAUAAUGGUUAGCCGUUUUUAGCGAUAAAGUAUUUUGGAUUAAGAUGUGUAUAUUGUUGUUUUAGACAUAAUGCUAUUGCACAGUAAUAGACUAUAGUAUAGUGUAAACAUAAUUUUUAUAUGCACUGGGAAACCAAAAAAUUUGUGUGACUUGCUUUAUUGCGACAUUUGCUUUGUUGCGGUGGUCUGGAGCCAAACUUGCAGUAUCUCCGAGGUAUGCCUGUACGUCCCUUGCUAGAGAGGAGUUGUUUUUUCAGUCUUUGGAACACCCUCAUAUAGUUCAGUAUAAAAUCUUGAUAGGUGUUCAUACAGACACCCUCCUUUGAGGGUGGUUCUUAACUAGGGCACCUCAUCAGAAUCUCCAUGGGAGUCUUGACAGACUGUACAUGUCUAAGUCUUACCUUCCUAGAGAGUCUGAUUCAGUAACUUUACUGAGAGACUCAAGCUCCCUGGGUUAAUUUGAUAAGGAUUUUGGGUUGAGGACCAUUGGUGUCAGGGAAUUUGCCUCAUAUUCUUUCUUGCUAAUCACUUAACUUUGAAUGUGAUUAAACUUUGAAUAAAUUUUACAAGUUUAUUGCCCAAGAAGUUAGUGGGAAAAUGCCCUGAAGGAGAGAGAGAAUGGUAGUAAAUUCAGGCUUGAAAGUAGAUGUAUGUGUACUACUGUGGUGUUCUGGUGGGCCCCCCUACACUGUGGGCCAGUCAAGCCUCUGCAAAGGUUACUACUCAGGAGUACAUAGGACCUGUAACAGUUUCAUGUGCUAAAUUGAACUGUUCGUCUUUAGACUUCCACGUUAUACUGUUUCAGACAGUUCCGGCUACAAUAGCUAGCAGAGGCUUUUAUACCACAAGAGGACAUGUGAGCCCUAAAUUAUCAACCAUAGUACUUCAAACCUCAUCACACUAAUACUCCUACAGCAUGGAAGCUACGAGAAGAGUGUCUCAGAAAGGAGAAGAGUGUCUCAGAAAGGAGAAGAGUGUCUCAGAAAGGAGGAGAGUGGUCAGCUGGGUUGAAUCCCGCCAAGACAUUGGAUUUGGCAACUGGGAGGCACUGGUGACCUUGGGAAGGGAAGUUUCAGUGGAGCAGUGAUGGAGCCUUGGAGGGGUUGAGGAGAAGAGAUGAUAAAUAGCCAAGGAUUUAAAUCCUGGCUAGUCGGAGCUGAAAAACUAGAAGCAUUGAAAACUGACUACUUAAAGCAGACAAAAACAGUAUCUUCAGGGCAUCAGGUCAUAAAACCAGAAAUUAAAGGUAGAGAAGAAGACUUUUUUGGCUGAAAACUCUGAAAGAUCAGUCUUCUGAAGCUAAGACUUUAUAUUUUAACAUUUCCUGGAGGGUGUAUUUGUAUGAAGGGGGGUAGGUAAACACCUAACAAUGAAAAAGAAACCCUCCUGAUUUGAUAUUACAUGUUCCCCAUCUGCCAUCUCCUCCCUUCCUGUGCCUGUGACCCUCCCCAAACCGCCCUGUUGCUUGUAGGCCCCCUGAGCUGAGAGGCAGCCCUCACUACUCCAUCAGCACCUCCCAGGGCUGCCUUUACGUCCUGGAGAACUUUGCAGAGUGCUUGACCAAUUCACAGAAACCUGUAUCUGUAUAUGCAGAGGCUUCCUGAUACGUACGAUACAUACACACACCUCGUUUUAUUGCAGUUCCCUUGAUUGCCCUUUGCAGAUAUUGCAUUUUUUACACAUCGAAGGUUUGUGGCAACCCUGUGUUCAGCAAUCUGUCGGCGCCAUUUUUCCAACAGCAUUUGCUCACUUCGUGUCUCUCACAUUUUGGUAAUUCUCUCAAUAUUACAAACUUUUUCGUUUUUAUUAUAUUUGUUAUGGUGCUUGUAAUCAGUGAUCUUUGAUGUUAUUAUUGUAGUUGUUUUUGGGCACCACGAGCCACGCCCAUAUAGGACUGCGAACUUAGUUGGUAAAUGUGUAUGUUCUGACUGCUGCACUGACUGGCCGUUCCGUCAUCUCUCUCCCUCUCCUUGGGCCUCCCUGUUUCUUGAGAUACAACAAUAUUGAAAUUAGGCCAAUUAGUAACACUGCAAUGGCCCGUAAGUGUUCAAGUGAAAGGAAGAGUCGCACAUCUCUCACUUUAAACCAAAAGCUGGAAAUGAUCAAGCUUAGUGAGGAAGGCAUGUCGAAAGCUGAGAUAGGCAGAAGGCUAGGCCUCUUGCGCCAAACAGUUAGCCAAGUUGUGAAUGCAAAGGAAAAGUUCUUGAAGGAAAUUAAAAGUGCUACUCCAGUGAACACACGAAUGAUAAGAAAGCGAAACAGCCUUAUUGCUGAUAUGGAGAAAGUUUUAGUGGUCUGGAUAGAAGAUCAAACCAACCACAACAUUCCCUUAAGCCAAAGCCUAAUCCAGAGCAAGGCCCUAACUCUCUUCAAUUCGAUGAAGGCUGAGAGAGGUGAGGAAGUGGCAGAACAAAAGUUUGAGGCUAGCAGAGGUUGGUUUAUGAGGUUUAAGGAAAGAAGCCGUCUCCGUAACGUAAAAGUGCGGGGUGAAGCAGCAAGUGCUGAUGCAGAAGCUGCAGCAAGUUACCCUACAGGUGUGACUGAAUUGCUGCAAUCUCAUGAUAAAACUUUAACAGAUAAGGACUUGCUUCUUAUGGAUGAGCAAAAAAAGUGGCUUCUUGAGAUGGAAUCUACUCCCGGUGAAGACACUGUGAAGAUUGUUGAAAUGACAACAAAGGAUUUAGAAUAUUACAUAAACUUAGUUGAUAAAGCAGCAGCAGGGUUUGAGAGGAUUGAUUCCAAUUUUGAAAGAAGCUCUACUGUGGGUAAGAUGCUAUCAAAUAGCAUUGCAUGCUACAGGGAAAUCGUUUGUGAGAGGAAGCGUCAGUCGACGCGGCGGCAAACUUCAUUGUUAUCUUAUUUUAAGAAAUUGCAACAGCCACCCCAACUUUCAACAACCACCACCCUGAUCAGUCAGCAGCCAUCAACAUCGAGACAAGACCCUCCACCAGCAAAAAGAUUACGACUCACUGAAGGCUCAGAUGAUGAAACAGCAGUUGUGCCACCAUUCCAAAAUGGAAUGCCACCUUCUAGUCCAGAUACAACUCUACUGUCUGUGACGUCCUCUACUUUCUCCAUGAAACACCAUCCUGGUCACCUUAUUGCAACUGAGGACUCACCUGCAUCACUAAGCCCAACCUCUCCACCCCACCCUUCACCAUCAGCACCAUCUACAGUCUGGGGAACCUUCAAUCGAUGGAGAAACCAAAUACUGAGGGAAGCUGAGGAAGCAGUAGAAACCUCCACUUGAAUCUCCACAAGAAUCAACAGGGAUCCUGAAGACCACCCCCUAUUAGACGCGGGCUUGGAAGGUGAAGAUUGGGCUGAACUGCUAACUGACUCUGGGUAUGUUAUACCUCUGUGUAUAGACCAGUACAACCAGGUAUUGGCUUUCAUAGUCUUCCCUUACCUUAUCUUUGUGAAUUAGGAUCAACACUAGAUACAUUUUAAGGGCUCACUGAAAACAGCCCAAAUCCUGAUCUAUUAAGCGUUUUAGCGUACUAU